AUGGACGAGCAGGAAGUUAAAGACAUCGAGAGAGAAUUUCUACAGGACCGUCAACUGAAGCUCCUCAACCUCAUCGUGAAUAAUUUCGUUCCGCCAGAGGAACGGCAGAAGGUGGAGGCGCCGAGCUCGGCGGGAGCGAGCGCGAAGCGUCCUGUCUCUGCUGUCACAGGCGCAAAGAGGCCAAGCUCGGCUGUAGCUCGAGCAGCCAACCGGCUGGGAAGUGAGAACCCGCGCUUCAAGGGGGAGAACAUCAUCCAACUCGAGCUGGACAUGCCGGAGAGGACGACGAGAGACUACGAGGAGAGGGACCUGCUGGGGGACGGAGACUUUCUUGGAGCCUCCGUCCCCACGAGACCCAACGUGUACCUGGACUCGGGAAGCGAUGGGAGCAGCAGCUCCUCUUCCUCCAGGCCCAAGUCGCGCGGCGUCUCGUCAAGGCCCCGGCCGCAGAGCGCUCGCCGUGGGAAGGCAGAGGGAUCCAAGGGAGGAAGCGAGCAGGUUGAGCCGGUGGAAGACUAUCCCGAGGCCCGAGGGCUGGUGCGAAAACGGUAG